AUGGUGGGGGAGAUGGAGGGGAAGGAGAAGCCCAGGCCCAGUCCGGAUUAUCUGAUGCAGCUCAUGAACGACAAGAAGCUGAUGAGCAGUCUGCCGAACUUCUGCGGCAUCUUCCAGCACCUGGAGAGACUGCUGGACGAGGAGAUCAGCCGUGUGAGGAAGGACAUGUAUAACGACACUCUGAAUGGUUCAGAGAGAAGCAGCGAGCUGCCGGAUGCUGUCGGUCCGACUGUCCAACUGCAGGAAAAACUCUACGUCCCUGUGAAGGAGUACCCUGAUUUUAACUUUGUGGGGAGGAUUCUGGGUCCUCGUGGUCUGACAGCGAAGCAGCUGGAGGCUGAAACAGGAUGUAAGAUCAUGGUGAGAGGGAAGGGCUCCAUGAGAGACAAAAAGAAGGAGGAGCAGAAUCGAGGGAAGCCUAAUUGGGAGCACCUGAACGAGGAUCUUCAUGUCCUCAUCACAGUGGAAGACGCUCAGAACAGAGCUGAGAUCAAACUCAAACGAGCUGUGGAGGAGGUCAACAAGCUGCUGGUGCCUGCUGCGGAGGGGGAAGACAGUCUGAAGAAGAUGCAGCUGAUGGAAUUAGCGAUCCUGAACGGGACCUACAGAGACGCUAACAUCAAACCCUCCUCCCUUGCCUUCUCUCUUGCAGCCUCCACUCAGACUCCUCGUGUCCUCUCUGGUCCAGCCCCCAUCUUAGCCCCGCCCACCACCCUUCGUACACCUGCCCCCACAGGCCCUGCCCUCAUGCCUCUGAUUCGUCAGAUUCAGACGGUGCUGCCCAAUGGAACGCCAGCUCUGAUGCCGGGGGCGGGGCCUGAGUCCAGUCUGAUCUACGCAGCGCCGUACGACUACCCAUACGCUCUGGCUGCACCAGCCUCCAUCUUGGAGUACCCCCUGGACUCUGGCGGGGUGUUAGGUAAGCCCGCCCCCCCUUGUUCCUGCGACUGCUCGCCCACCCCCCAUCACCACCCCCAUGGCCAGUGGAGCCCCGCCCCCACACUGCUCCUUAGACACACCUCCUAAGAGAGAGAAAACAAGCAUUCCUCUGCCUCCACACCACACCUCCUCCACAACAAACACACACACACACACACACACACACAAACACGCCUUGUUCACAGCUGAAACCUGCUGUGCAGGUGUCACCCCCUGCUGGACUGAGUCAUCAACAGUAACUCGGAGGUCUUCACAGGUCCAAGGUGUUGGACCAGAUCCAAAAUCAACCUGAUGAAAACCAUUACUCUCUACAGAGAAAGAGCUGAUCUGAACAGACCUGAGGAUACUUAGACCUGAUCAAGAAUGUGUUGGACCAGAACAGACCCUGAUGGAGAAAACUGCAGCAAUAAAAAAUUAAUUUCAGUCAUAGAAACUAACUCCAUAAAUUAGUUUAUACAUUCAGAGACUCAUUUAUAGUAAUAAUGUCAACUUUAGAUGUUCUUUCAACGGACUGAAGAUCAGCAAUCCGUUUUAUAUCUGUUGAUCAAAUUCAACAUCAGGCUUUAACAGGCUGCUGGUUCCCUAAAAUACUUGCUCCUACUGAGCUUGCGCACUAUCAGGAAAGAUAUCGAGUAGAAAAAGUCAAGGAAAAAGUUACGAUAAUACGACAAAAAGACGUUAUAAUAUUCAAAGAGAAAAAUGUUGUAAAAUUUGGAGGGAAAACUCAUUGUAUUUCCACAAAACAGUCAAAACAUUUCAGGAAAUAUGAAAAAACUUUUUUUAUAUAAAUAUACAUAUAUAUAUAUAUACACACACACACACACACACACACACACACGAUCAGAUAUGCUACUGAGCAUGCUCGGAUCCAUUUGGGUAUCAGACACUGACCCACAGACCAGAGACCUGAUCAGAUCUGACUCAGGUCCUGGAUCAGGUCACAUCAGGACUGAAUCGACCUGUGAAGACCACUACAGUAAAGGGAGGUUACGUUAAAAAUAAUAGCUCCACAGAGUGUCCUGAUACUGAAACAUGAUGGCCAGAGUGGAGAGUUUGUUAGUUAAAUUCAUCUUCGACUGUCUUCAAUGUCACAAACCAUCAAUUAAAACAUAAAAUAGUUUUGGAUUCACCACAAUCCAGUAUGUUAAAAAUGUAAAAUAAAAGCUUUCUUCAGUGUGUUUGUCCACAGGGGGGCGCUGCUCUGUGUCUCCAACAUCUUUGUAAUGUAACAUUUACUGUGAACGAGGUGUUCAGGUACGACUGUGUUCUUUAAGAUGUUUGUACUACUGUCGACAUGUCGCACAGACUGAACCUCACAGUUUUAUUUAACAAACUUAUGAUGGGAAGGCUGCAGCAUGGGACUGCAGCUUCCUGCAAUGAAACAUGCAACACCUGUUAAUCUGUAACUUAGACAGUGUAUGGAAGCCAACACACCUCCAACACGCCUUCAACACGCUUUCAUCACGUCUCCAUGUUCUGAUGCUAAUCUGAUGCUAGGUUUUCAAAUUGAUGCAAGCUGUGUUAAACAACAGAAGAUUCUAAGGACGUUUAGUCACGUUUCAGUGAUGCAAACAACAGUAUAUUUUGAAAUUAUUUUUAGACCUAAGAUUAAUUAUAAUUAACAAUAAAACCAGUUCAGUCACUUACAGUAAACCAAGGGAACAGCUCUAACCAGAAGACCAACACUAAGUACAUUAAGUACAAUUUUUAAUUGUAUUAAAAAACAUUUAAGUCCUUGACCUUAAAUCAUCUCACUAACAGAAGUCUGAUUGUUCAAUGUCAUGAUCUACAAGAUAGAAUGAAGUAUCAGGGCCACAGCUAGGAAUAAAGUUGAAUUAUUUUAAAAAAAAAAGUCAUAAUAUUGUGCAAAUAUAGUUGUAAUAUUCUGGGAAGUAAGUUGAAAUUGUAAGGAAAAAAUCUAAAUAUUUUGAAAAAAGCCACAAUGUUAUGGGAAAAAAGACAUCUGUUGUUUAAAUCACCUGAGAACCUCUCAGAUCUCACCUGUAACCAGAAUUUGUCUCAGUUUAUGCCUUAAUCAUGCUUCUAAUGAUUUUCUCUCUGUGUAGCUGUGAUGAUGUGUUGACAUACGCGCGUACAUGUGCGUACCUGUAUGAACUGUUAUGUGACGCUGUGGAUAGGUGACUCCAUGUCCUCCAUGACGGUUUGUGGUGUUUGCGGUCUGGUGCAGGUGUGGUGGCCACUAAAGUUCGGAAACACAAGCGUGUCCGUCCUUACCGAAGGGUGGCGACCACAGACCGAGGUUAGUUCGCCUUCUAAUUUAUAAAACACUAUGUUGAUGUGAAACCGCUGUCUGUGUCCACACUGACAGAGUCUCCAGGUGGUUUUAGCUGAGAGCUCUGUCCACAGUUAAACACCUGAACAACAGAAAAACAAUUAAAUCUCUUCAUCUUCAAAGUAUUUUCAGUUAAACAAUAGAACUGCAUCGCAGCCGACCAAACUGAUUUUAUGAUAACAAACUCAUCUGACAGAAUCAACAUACAUACACAUUGAUGACAACAGCUGUGUGACCGGAUAUAUUGCCGUUUAAAAUGAGUGACCAUUAAAGUGCCCGGAUGGCUGAACAUUUAAAGUGCUACCACAUUAAUGCAACAUCUCCGGUUUGAAUUCAUCCGGGGGGUUUUUAUGUUUUGGGGAGAAAAAUUUAGUCUGAACGGUGGCUGAAGCUAAGAGAAAAAGAUGCAUGUUUGCAUUUAACUGGCUUGAUGUGGAUGUAUUCUCAGUAAAUAUGUUGUCUUAAACACAAAAACGUCAAGGAAAAAGUGAAACAUUAAACUUUACUUGCAGCAUGUUUGCAUUGUGGCUGCCUGUGUACUUUCUGUGUAACUGCAGCAUUAAGAAGUUAAUCCACAAGGGGGCAGAGCAGAGCCGCAUCAUCACUGUUCAACACAUAAUGUAACCAAACAGAGAAAAUAAGUGUUUCCAUCCACCUGUUUUAUUUACGUUUUCCCUUUGCACAUAAAAAACCUUAGUGGAAACAAUGGACAUUUAUAAACAAACUGAUCCACUGUAACAGUGACUGUGUGGAUAAAGCCCAAAGUAAAACAGAGAGGAAAAUACCAGAUCUGUGUGAAGCGAUGAGGAGACUGGAACCUUCCUCACAUU